GAUCCUGCCUGAAAAAUUUCUUCAUUCUUUUUGUCUGAUUUGUUUGAAAUCAUCGGUAUCUAAAGUGGGUUUUGUCUGGAUUUUUAUUGUUUUCUUAAAUUACAGAUCUUUAAUCGAUUCUGCUUGACGAAAUUAUCGAGGAAUCUAGAAGGUGUUAUUCUUCGUUAAUAGCUGGUAAGAUUGAUUUAGUGAAUUACUCUUUUAGUUUGGGAUCUGAUUGUGAUUCUAUUGGCUGCUGAAUUUACCCAUCGAUCUAUUCUUGUGGCUUGCAUGUUUUUAUAUUGUGAUUUGUUUUUCUGAUCUUGAUCUUAUUUGAGAGAUUUCGACCAACGAAUGUCUAUUUUUGUGGAUUCUAAUGAUUGGUUUUGCUGAAUCAGAAAAGUGGUUGAAAUAUAAUUACCUUCUAAACUGAUGUCAAAACUUAAUCUUCACUGGUCAAGAAUUGUUACUUUACCUUACUCUUGCGGCGAUGAUUAGUUUGAUGGAUUGGUUUGUUUUUUAAUUAGCAUCCAUCAUGUUGGAGGCUCCGAGUUAUCUGGUGUCAAGGGACUUACCAUCUUCAUGUGAGGAAGAGAGCAAGUGGAUAUACAAUGCACACUGUGUGCUUCAGCUCUCCCUAAGGAAGCGUUUGUUGGAUGAUACUGAUGUAGAAGGAAGUUCCGCUAAGAAAAUGUUACGGGUUGAUCAUGGAAGCAGAGGUGAAUCUGACAAGAUUACAGAUAGUCUUCAGCUUGCUAAAACCUAUCAGAGCUCUAACCAGAGUCAACAAGGUGGUGGUGGUGAUCAACAGAGUUCACCAGUUACUCGGCUUGACCAAAACGCGCUUCUCAACUGCUUGGCUCACUGUUCGUUAUCUGAUUUCGGGUCUAUAGCGUCGACGAAUAGAACCUUCCGCUCGUUGAUUAAGGACAGCGAGUUGUAUAGGUUGAGACGGGCAAAGGGUAUUGUGGAGCAUUGGAUUUACUUCUCUUGCAGGCUCUUAGAAUGGGAGGCUUAUGAUCCUAAUGGAGAUCGCUGGUUACGUGUACCGAAAAUGACAUUCAACGAGUGUUUCAUGUGUUCGGAUAAAGAGUCUCUGGCGGUUGGCACCGAGCUUCUUGUUUUCGGAAAAGAGAUCAUGUCUCAUGUGAUUUACCGAUAUAGCAUCUUAACCAAUACAUGGACAUCGGGUAUGCAAAUGAAUGUCCCGAGGUGCUUGUUUGGAUCAGCGAGUCUAGGCGAGAUCGCGGUUAUAGCUGGAGGAUGUGAUCCGCGUGGGAGGAUACUGAGUUCUGCAGAGCUUUAUAACUCUGAAACUGGGGAAUGGACGGUCAUCCCGAGCAUGAACAAAGCGAGGAAAAUGUGCUCGAGCGUGUUCAUGGAUGGGAAUUUCUAUUGCAUUGGAGGUAUCGGAGAGGGAAACUCGAAGAUGCUAUUGUGCGGUGAAGUCUAUGAUCUGAAGAAGAAGACAUGGACAUUGAUACCUAACAUGUUACCUGAAAGAAGCAGUGGAGGUGGAGGAGAUCAAGCAAAAGAGAUUGCUGCUGCAACAGCGGCUUCAGAGGCUCCACCGCUUGUAGCAGUUGUAAAAGACGAGCUUUAUGCUGCGAAUUACGCGCAGCAAGAGGUGAAGAAAUACGAUAAAAGGCUUAAUGUAUGGAAUAAGGUAGGGAAUUUGCCAGAGAGGGCUUCUUCGAUGAACGGUUGGGGAAUGGCGUUUAGGGCUUGUGGGGAUCAGUUAGUGGUGGUUGGAGGACCUAGGGCAAUAGGAGGAGGGUUUAUAGAGAUCAAUGCUUGUGUCCCAAGUGAAGGAACACAACUGCAUUGGAGAGUUCUUGCUUCUAAGCCAUCGGGAAACUUUGUGUAUAAUUGUGCGGUGAUGGGAUGUUGAUGAAGAAGACUUGAGAGAGCCAUUUCAAAGUUAUUGACUUCUUUGUUAGACUUAUUUUCUUUUCUUUUCUGUUUUGUUUUUUUUAACAGUUUGGGUCUUCGUUUCAUGAUUGGGGUCAAGAGAGUCUCUCUCUGUUUUCUUCUUUGUCUUUGUGGGAUUAUUGUUGUUGUUCAGGUAUAAUCUGGAACUGAAAAAGUUUCAAUAAAUUUGAAGAAGGUUAAGAACAAGCAUCAUGUUGUCUUGUCUCUCUCAACAUUGUUAUUUUGUAAUUUGUUUCCAUUGUUACAUUCCUUCAAAAUAAAUUUUGAAAGUUAAAUCC